UAGAACUGUGUUAAACCUACUGUGAAACUGGAAAGCUAGCGAAGAUAUCUUCGAGACCCUGAAGCCCAAGAAAUCCGCAGAACCAUACAGAUACAACAUGGCUGGGUAUUUACUUCUGCUUUUACCCUCGCUAGUACUGGCGAAAAUUGACAUCGAGCUGGAGGGGACCUUCGCUGAAGGUGAUGCCUCGCAGAUGAAGGUAUACACUUCUGGCAGAGACAUCGAAAUCAUCUCUGACAUGGAGCGUAAGACCUUCGACAUAGAAGAUAACAAUUUGAAGAACUGCGUCAACACUUUCUUCGGAGCUCGUCCCAAUGACGCAUUUGUACGUAGCCCUACACCAUGGAAUGACCUCUACCAGACAUACAGCUGGAAUGAGGUGGCUCGCACUUUAGUGCCCAGGAACGGGCGGGUGAUGAGCAUCUCUUCCCAACCUACUAUAGUCGUGCAUCAGACUUUUGAAAAUAACAGCACGAUACCAGGAACUUUCAAUGUUGGUAUAUCGCAAACUGUCGAAAAUACCGUUGCAUCAGCUUGGACGACUGGUGGCGAAUUAUCCAUAGGUCAAGAAAUUAGAUACGGCUUCAAAAUCGGCCACAAAACUACUGGAGGUGCUCUAUCCUUCACUUAUACCUCUUCGUACGGCAAAAGUGUAGAACAUUCGCAGAGCGUUCUUCUAGGAACAUCAUCAGGCAUGAAUGUCCUGUUAGAACCGGGUCAGUCUGUCGUCAGUCAACUGCACGCUACUAGAGGCUCUAUCAAAAUAGAGGUUGAGUAUGCUGCUUCGUUAUCUGGUAGUACUGCUGUCAAUUACUCUAAGAAGUAUAAGGGUCAUCACUUCUGGGGUCUCAACAUAAGGAAUGUGAUGUCCAGCUGUCGAUUAAGUAACUCAAAGGUUACUACUGAGGUCAUUGAAAUAGGUUUCUAUGCAAAUUCGAAAAUAGUGGUCAAUGAUAGACGAUCGGGCAAGAAGAUCGUUGAGCUCGAUGUUUAA